AUUAAUGUCAGGGCGCCGAAAUGGGGCCAACUUCGGAAGACGUGGGGAACGGCCCAGUGGGAGCCGCGAGGAGGCAGCUCCGGCUCCGGCCCCCGACACAGAGAAGGCCGGGCCGCGCUGUGGUGGCGCGGAGCCGCCCCCCUCACGGUGCCGCAGAAGAGGGAGGCGGGCCGGGGGGAAGCGGCGAUCGCUGAGGGUCGGGAGGGGAGCUCCGCGGCGGGUCCCCCCGCUCCCCGUGGCUUCGUCCCGCUCUGCCCUGUUCGGCGGCGGCAUGGCGGGCGGGCUCCGUGCCCCGCUGCUGGCAGUGCUGGCGCUGCUGCUGGCCGCCAGCCGGGCGGCUCUCGCAGUGUCAUUUUAUGGUGAUAGUUUUGUAGCAUUGAAGAUGACAGAGGCAUCCUGUCAGACAACCUUACAGUUACGGUUUCUAACAAGCAAGCCACAUGGAUUGCUCUUUCUUGCAGCUGGGAAGAGAGAUUAUUGUUUGAUGGAAUUACAGUCAGGAAAUCUGCAGUUGAGAAUUAACUUUGGCAUGGGAGAACAAAUACUGCGUUCUCGGCAGAGAUCUCGUCUGAAUGAUUUAGCUUGGCACUUAGUUGAACUGCAUCAUGAACGUGAUAAUGUCACAUUGUUAAUUGAUAAAAAUGAUAGGACUACUGCAAAAAUGCCUGGAUUUCUCUAUGAAUUAAAUAUUGAUCAUGGAUUCUACCUAGGUGGUACUACUGAACUUGAUGUUCCUUACCUUGUUGGAGGACUGCCCAGCUUUCGAGGGUGUAUUGAUGAUGUGUUAUUUAAUCAGCAAGACAUUUUGAUGCCCCUGAGAUCUACUGGCUUUAAAAAGGUCCAUGAAGUUUCAGUGGGAUGCAGUGAUGAAUUCUUUGCAGGUGAAGAUGAGCCCAUCAGUUUUUUUAGUUCCAGAUCCUAUGUUUCUUUCCCAUUAUGGAAUGUUGAUGGUGAGGGAAUCUUGGAGUUUGCAUUGCAAACAUCAGCUGCACGUGGCCUGCUGCUUUAUCAUCCUGGACAAGAAGGAGAUUUCAUUGCAAUGGAAGUGGAAGAUGGAUUGAUUAAAGCCUAUAUUGGAAAGCAUAGAAGUAUAACUCACCUUUCUUCUCUUAGGUCAGUCAAUGACAGUCAUUGGCAUUAUAUUAAGCUGAAAUUUACUGCAGAAUAUUUACAACUGACUUUGGAUAAAGAAAGUGUGGAAAAAUUAUUCCCUCCUCAAAACAAGCUGCCACUUCUGACGGGGUCUCUCUAUGUAGGUGGUGUAGAUGACAGUAAACGACUGGAAGUGAUUAAGUUAGAGCUACCUUCUGUGUUUGGGAAGAAUGCCAGAGGAAGGUCCUUCAAAGGUUGCUUAAGAGACCUAAAAGUCAAUUCAGAAAAGAAAUCGCUGAAGAAUGUUCAAAUAACAAAGGAUAUUUCAGCUGGAUGUGAAGCAGAAAAUGCUUUUAAUACAAAUCUUUCUUUGGAGAUGGCUGUAAAAUAUCCCACGGUAAAAGCAGCCCCAACACUUGCCAUUUCCCCUGAAAACUCUGUCUCUCUGGGACAGGAAAAUAAAAACCACCUAUUAGUUCUAAGCAACCUGAUUGUUCAAGAAGGUGGGCAAGCCUCACUUGAAUCUAAACACAUUCAAGUCAAUUUAGACUUUCAGAAAUUAGGGAUUAAUCUAUCACAAGUUCUUUUUGAAAUAAAGGAACCACCCUCAUAUGGUAACUUGAGACUAGAUAUUGAACCAGUGCAGGAGGUAAAUAUGUUUACUUUGCACGAUGUGUGGCAAGGGAAGAUUCUGUACAUCCAUGGUGGCUCUGAAGACACUUAUGAUUAUUUUAAUUUCUCCAUUUCUGCAAACAAUGGGAAGAUUGUACCUCCAUAUUUGCAAAGAAAUGAGGAGUACAUGUUUGCCAUUGUCAUCACUCCAGUAAAUGAUGCUCCUGAGAUCAUGCUUGCUGAGGGAAACUUGCUGCUUUUGAUAGAAAACUCAAAGAAACGUUUGACUAGUGACUUGAUCAAAGUAUUAGAUAAUGAUACAGAUCCUCUGGACCUCAGUCUUUCAGUGCUCGGAAAUCUUAAUGCAAAUGCAGGAUAUUUAGAAAAUUCAAAGCAUCCUGGAAAGGCUAUUACUACUUUUUCUAAUGAGGACUUACAAAAAGGUGAUGUUUUCUUUGUCCACACAGGUGUCAGGAACUCGAGGAUUGUUCUGAGAGCAAACGAUGGUGAGAAAGUGAGCAACACUGUUGUGUUACGUGUCAUGGCAAUUCCUUUGGAUUACAGAGUUGUUAUCAACACAGGAAUAAAACUUGUCCAGGGUGCUACAGUUCUAAUCUCACCCAGACAUCUGACAGUUGAAACAAAUGCCAACCUUCAAGAACUGGAGAUACGCUAUGAGAUUACAGAUGCACCCCAGUUUGGGGAAGUUCAAAGGCAGCAUUCAAGGGGGGAGUGGAAGCAAGCCAGCUCUUUCUCUCAACGCUCCAUUCAGCGCAGCCGUGUCAGGUACUGUAGCACUUUUAAAGAAAUUCAGCUGGAAAAUAUUACUGACCAAUUUAAAUUCAAAGUUAGUAUAGGAAACAGAAUCAGUGAAGAGUAUGUGUUUCCAGUCCAAGUGAAAUGGUUAAGGUACAGUUUAUUGAAAUACACUCCUCUAGAAAUUGAAAAAUUUAAGAAGAAAUACUUGAAUUCAGAUAAUCUUUUUGCCGUGCUUGUGGGUCAAGAGGUACCUGAAGAUGAGCUUCAUUUUAGAUUGCUGUCCUUACCAAAGAGUGGACAAAUACUGCUUAAUGACCAGACUUUGAAAGAAGAUUCAGUCUUUAGCCAGAAAGAUAUUGCUGAUCAAAAAGUGGCUUAUGAGUUAAUAAGCAGAUAUCACGAAGACAACCAUGAUUCAUUUAAAUUCCUCAUCUCUACAAAGUAUCUGGAAUCAAAUAUCUUUGACUUUGAAAUCUACAUCAAAUCAGAUUUUAGAAACAUAAUUUUAAUUAAUAAUGGCUUAACUGUUACUGAAGGUGAAGGAGAAUUAAUAACAAGCUCAAAAUUGUUUGUGCAAGCACUGGAUAAUAAAACUUUCCAAUAUACAGUAUUAAAGUUUCCUACACAUGGGAAAUUGAAACUCAUUAAUAUUUCGGAUUCAUUUGAGAGUAAUGGCAAUCUCACCACUUUCACUAAUAAAGAUAUAACUGAUAAGCGUCUUAUGUAUGUGCAUGAUGAUUCUGAAACAGUGUUUGACGAAUUUCUUGUCAGAGCUUCCAGUGAAGAAUCAAGGGAGUGGGCGAACUUUGAUCCUAAAGUAGGACUUUCCUCAGUAGAAAUUAAAUUCAACAUUUCUGUCCAGCUGAAGAAUGAUGAAAAGCCAAUACGUGUUGUUGAUAAAGUAUUUAACAUUGUGAGAAAUGGACAGCGAUUAUUAACUUUGGCAGAUCUUUGCUAUCAUGAUCCUGAUUCUGAUUUUGAAGAUGGGCAGCUGCUAUACACACGACGUGGCAUUUCCAAUGGCGAUUUGGUGCUAACAAAUGAUUCAUUGCACAGACUCUAUCAAUUCAAGCAAGAAGACCUGGAGCAAAAGCAAGUCUUGUUUAUACACCAUGGUGCAGAUUUUGGGCGUUUUGUGCUCUUUGUGACAGAUGGCAAACACUACACGUCUUUCCUUCUAGAAGUUAAUGCCACUGAUCCUUAUAUUAGCUUGGCAAAUAAUACAGGCCUGAUGGUUCAAAAAGGAAAAGAGGAAAUUGUUACAACAGCUAACCUAAGUGCUACUACAAACCAAGACAUCAGAAAUGAUCAUGAGAUUACAUUUGAGAUAACUACUUUUCCAAAAUAUGGAAGAAUAUCUGUAAAUGGUCUAAUGAUAGACUCCUUUACUCAGCUUGAUCUGAUAAGGGGGUACGUGACCUACAGGCAUGAUAACAGCAACAACCUUAUUGACAUGUUUAACUUUACAGUCUAUGCUAAAAAUAUCCAUCUUGAUUCUGCUGUGAAUGUUCGUAUGUAUUUGGAAAGUCAUCACUGGCCACCAAGGAUUGUGAACAAUAACAGUCUCUUAGUUGAAGAAGGAAAACCAGUUAAGAUCAGUAAAGGAAAACUGCAAGUUGCCUAUGAAAACAGUUCUCCAUCUGAGAUUGUGUUCACAGUGAGACAGCUUCCAUCUCAUGGAUACAUUCGGAAGUUUUUAUCAGCAGGGAGUUAUCUUGGUGCCGACCAGAAGCCAGUUCUGACCUUCACACAGCAAGAUGUUGAUGAGGGCAAAGUUCAGUACGUGCAGACAGUUUCUGGCCAACUAAGUGACUGUUUUUCUCUGGAUGUGACCAACGGUGUACAAACGGUGAAUGGAAUAGAAAUCUCAGUUGACAUUAUACCCAGAAUGAUUCCCUUGAAAGUAAAGAACUUCACAGUAGUUGAAGGUAGCUCAAAAGCCCUUGUGGAAGACUAUCUAAACAUUUCUAGUAGACACUUCACAGGACUCAGCUGUGAAAUUAUUUUAGUUGACCAGCCAAAGCAUGGGUAUUUUGAAGAUUCUAAUGCUCCCGGAAUAAAGUUAAGCAAAUUUACCAAAAAACAGGUGGAACAAGAAUUAAUCUACUAUGUUCAUGAUGGCAGUGAGGAACUAAUGGACAAUUUUACCUUUAUAGUUAAUAACACAGAAUUACGGAAACAAAGCUUGCCCCAAACAAUGUUUGUAACAGUUACUGCAGUAAAUGAUGAAGCUCCUGUUAUAAAAGUUAACAGAAUUCUUCAGGUUUGGGUGGGUUCAGUCACAGAAAUAACUACUGAUGACCUCUGUGCAGAAGAUAAGGACUCCUCACCAUCAGACCUGAUAUAUUCAAUUACACCGCCUAGCAAUGGCCACUUGGCUCUGAAGUCUUCUCCAAACGAGAGCAUCCUUAGUUUUACUCAGGCUCAUAUAAUUGAACGGCAGCUGGUAUUUGUACACAAUGGAGCAAUGUCUGGAGGCUUCAGCUUUCAGGUAACAGAUGGUUUGAACUCUGCACCACGACAGAUUUUUAGCAUCACAGCUCGGACUCUGGUCAUUAGCCUUGAAGUAAACAAAGGACUCACAGUCUUUCCAGGUUCCAGGAAACCUAUUUCACAACAUGAUCUGAAAGCUGUAACCAGUGAUGUGACCAGUGCAGGAAACAGAACUAUAAAUUUUCUGAUUGUAGUUUCCCCCAAACUUGGAAGGCUGAUCAGAACAAAUUCUGAUAAUACCACUCAGGAAAUCCUCAGUUUUACACAGUCUAUGGUGAAUGAAGGUGUGAUCAUGUAUGAGCACUCAGAGGCAGAAUUAGCUGACUGGAGUGCAGAAGAUUUCUUUAUGUUUACUGUCUCUUCUCCACCAUCAAUUCUGGAUCCUCAGAUGUUCCAUAUCAUCAUUUCAUAUGAAAUUCCCAGGCAUGAUCGGAACAGUCGUCUUCUUGCAAAUACAGGUACUGUAGUCCAGGAAGGAGGCAGAAUAUUAAUCAACAAAACACAUUUAGAUGCUUCAAAUCUAUUGAUUAAGCUACCUGAAGGACAACGCUCCAUGUAUGAAGUCUGGUAUCAAGUUGUGUCUUUACCCCAGCAUGGCACAGUAAUUGUUGGAGAAAGAAACGUUACAAAAGAAAAACCUAAUUUCUCACAAUAUAUACUGAACAAGUUUGGAAUUGUGUAUGUGCAUGAUAAUUCUGAAUCGCUUAUGGACAAUUUCACUUUUGCUGUUUGGUUAAACCUAAAGACCAUGUCUGCAACAAAGCCCCAUGGUGAAGUUUUAGAAGAGGUGUUUAAUAUCACUGUUAUUCCAGUGAAUGAUCAACCACCAGAACUGAAGACUAAAAGGCUGCACCUGAAAGUCCUGCAGGGAGAUAUGUCAGUGCUGGGGUCAGAGAAUCUGAAAGUUGAAGACCUAGACAACACCCCAGCAGAGCUCAAAUAUUCCAUUGUUAGCAACCCCAAUAAUGGUUAUUUAGCAAUGAAGAGCAAUCUGAGUAUCUCUAUACAGGAUUUCACACAAGCUGAUAUUGACAGUGGUAGGGUAUGGUUUGUACAGGAUGGAAGUUCUUCUUCUGGGGUGUUUUAUUUCAGUGUGACUGAUGGUAAACAUCGUCCUUUAUACAAACUUUUCAGUCUUGAAGUUGUACCAAUUGCUCUUGUCCUUGUCAACCUUACGGAUGUUGCACUUCUGCAGGGCCAGACAUCUGUCACUAUUACUAACACACAGCUUUCAGCUGUCACAAAUGGAAAAAGCACUAAUAUCAUGUAUGAAAUAACUCAACCCCUCAAGUAUGGGCACCUGAUGAUUGAAAAUGAGCAGGUGACUAAAUUUGAACAGGCAGAUUUGAACUCAGGAAGACUUUCUUACCAUCUGUCAAAUUUCACCAUGUUCAAAGAAGUACUGGUGUUUAUGAUAUUCACUGCAGAAAGUAAUCUAACAGAACAAGUGCUGAACAUCACAAUGAAGCCUUUAGUGCAAGUUGUGUCUGACAUGCAGAUUUCAAAUCAAGCAGUUUAUAAACUCAGAAGGAAUGACCUGGAUGCUUCUGAGCUAGCCAAUUUAACAAACAGUAAUCCUAGAUUUGAAGUGAUAGUGCCCCCAGCUCAUGGGAGGAUUGUAAAAAAAAGGUUUGUGAAUGAUGCAGUGUUUGAAGAUAUUCAGACAUUCACCCAAACUGACAUCGAUGGAGGUGCUGUGCUUCUCAGCAUAGAUACCAAUAUGACAGGCAUUGAUCUGUUAAAUGAUUCAUUCACAUUUGUGCUCAGGGCAGAUGACGUGCAGCCCGCUGUUGGCCAUUUUGAGUAUUCCAUAGUGCCAUGCAGUCCUCCUCUUGUGCAGAAUUUUACAGCUGAAGUGCCUAUCAUAACCAGUAUGACCACUUUAAAGAUUCCAACUACCUCAAAUGGCCGGAUGCUAGUUUUCUCCCAUGAUGAAGUGCCUACAGUAGCACCAAAGAAGACUGCUCCAGGCAUGUGGUUAGGUCGGAAACGCUGGGGAAAUCAACUUGAAGAAGGUCCAUCACUAAAUCUGGCAGUGGGAACAAGGGGAUCUGCGGGGACUGAGACCACAGAUCAGGUUAAUGCCAUGAGUUCCAGAGAGCAAGUAGGUGAAAGCAGCAACCCUUGGUACAUCAUUAUACCCCUGGUCCUGGUGUCUGUGUUACUCAUUAUUGCUGUUAUUUCUGUGUGCAUUUUGCUAAUGUGUCAGAAGAAAGAGAAGGCAAAACCACUUGUCAAAAAUCAAACAAAUGUAGUCCUCAGUAGUCCAAGUCAUUGUCUAGAACGAAGCUUGACUGUACCUGCUGUUACAGUGACCCCUCUCCUGAAGGGAGCUGAGGGAAAUACAUCCUCUGCACUGAUGGCAGCAAGACAUGAACAGCUGCUUCCUAUGAUGCAUCCUCCAACUGUAGAACAGCCUUUGCAAAAUAGCUGGUUAAACCUAGAUCCUGAAAUGAUCCAAUACUGUCGAAAAACAAACCCAACUUUGAAGCGCAGUCAGUACUGGGUGUAGUUCAUGGCCAUCUUUGUUCAUGCCACUUGAUGUAAUGUAGAAAGGAGAACGUACCUUACUGAUAUACAAUUCUUUAUUAUGCAUAUUUAUAAUAGGUCAAAUGGUGCAUUGUUUGCUAGGUGAAACCUAGAUAUCUGUGAAAUAAUGGUACUCUUAUUGGUUACAAUGGCCAUAAAUUAAGUUUUCCCUCCUCAUCAGAUGCAGAAUUUUAGUGCACCCUGUGUAUGCCGUAUUUUUUAUUUUUCAUGACAGCGGUAAAGUAAAAUGUACUAUCAUGGAUUAUAUCUAUUUUAACAUUAUUAUUAUUUUGAAGAACUAAUUUUGCUGCAAAGAUCCAGUGUUCUUUCCUGAACUGGUACUUCUCUUUUAGGAACUUGAAACUGUUUUUACAAGUAGUCGUCAAGGUGCUAAUCUCGAUAAUAUCAUUUUGACCCAGUGGCUGUUCAGAGGCCAAUACUAAAGAAACAAAGCUGUCGUUGUUUUGCCAGGUGUUCAUCUGGGUCAGUGAGCUUGAAAUCGAGAAUUCAUUUCAGCAAUAAUUCUAUGACAGCAGCUGUAAGUAAGGGUUCUGAUAAAAUGCUUACUGUGAGGUGGCUGCUUUUUGAUUGUUUGCUUUGUGUUUUCCUGAUUUGUUGCUGAGCUCUAGCCUUAAUAUCUGCAGACUGGUAAAAUGCAUCUGUGGUCUCUAAUCCACAUGGCAAAAUCUGUGUCUCUGCCAGUCAACCUGCUUGCCAAAUUAUCUUCAGGCUCAGCUUAUGUCUGGAAGAACAUAUCAAAUUUCACAUCCUUUGCUAAGGGCUAAAGAUGAUGUAAAGAUCAUGGUUUUGUAUUUAUGAAAGUGAACAGUGAUGUGCAGUCUCAUGUUAAGGUCCAUUCUUUCUUCCACUGAAAACAACAGCAAAAUUCUUAUUGACUUCAGAGGACAAAAUGACCACUGAACUUCUCAUAUAUUUUUGUACUGUGCUGUAACAGCUUCCAUUUAGCUCCUCUGUAACCACGCCGUCUGAAAAUGUCUCACUGCUGCAUUGUUACUGUUAACACUGGAAUGAUACUUUUGUUUUAGCCAAAUUGCUGCUGGUUUUGCUUUUAUAGAAUGGAUGUAUGGGCCUACACGUCCUUGGUGCUAUUAAUUUCAAAGUAGUUUGUUUUGGAUGUCUUUUUCUGCUGUUGAUUAAUUGUGUUUCUGCAUUGACAUAUUUCAGUUGAGAGAAAUGUUUACCAGUGAGAAGGGCCAGACUAAACCUCUGCUUACUGCUGUGUCCCAGGACCUAAAUACUUGAGUAGCAUGCCCAGUUAGAGACAUUUUUAAAGCAGUGCAUUGUUCAGAGCCUGCUGCCAGGUCAGUGUCAGUGGAAAAUAUGCAGACAACAUUUUCAGCUGUUUGAGUUAGUGGAGCGCUGGUGACAAAAGAUAUGAAACCUUCGUGUACUCAAACUAAAAUGUAUUUGAAGCAUAUUAUGCAAUUUUUGCUUGUAAUUACCAUUUUUCCUUGAUGCCACUGUAAGCAGGCUUGAGAUCACCUCAGUGUAAGAGGCUGGGAUUUGAGAUGUCCCAGAUGGACUUACAGGCAUGCAGUGCAGGCCUUUCUAGUUAAAAACAAACAAAGCAACAACAGAACCUUUGCUACUAUUUUAGAAACUCUCAGCCAGAGAGGUGGUGCUGUCGGCCAUUGCAGGGACACCCUAGCAUCUUUGUGGAGGUGCAGUUGUAGUCUCCUGCCAUUUCCUGAGACCUUGUUUGCUAUCACCAAGCAAACAGCAACUUCCUCCAGAUCCCAGCUGUCAGCAGAGCAUUUGCGAUACCCUUCCUCCAACACCGUUUAGCCAGUAGCAGAUGGAAGUAGAGAUGGAAAAUAGGGCUACUGCAAUGGUGGUGAUGGUAUAUAUUAUCAAAUGAUUAAAAAAAAAGUAAUGCAAUUAGAACUUCAGAACUGGAUGGACCCUCCGAAUGUCUGUAUUUGUAUCCUCUGAGCAACAAGUACAGAGAAGAUUGCUGAAUUUUUGCUGUCUUUUGUUUGUGUAAGCAUAAUAAAGUAAACUCUUUUUCUUUGUUUUGGAA